UUGCGCUAUUUAAAAAAAAGAAGUCAAAGCGUAUGAAAAGAAUGUGAACAGAAAAAUAAGUAUAAGUACAAGUAAAUACGAAGUGCACUAGUAGUUGUACGAAUCGACAAAUUACAGUACGACGGACUUUCCUGUUUAGCAGUGAAAUAUACCUCUAUCUCUCUACCAAGAAACAAACUUUUUCCCUUUUUCUAGGUUUUUUUUGGGUUAAUUUGAUAAUAGAAGCGAAACCCUAGGUUUUGGAUCGUUGAAAAAUGGCAUCUGGAUCAUCUGGGAGACCAAACAAUGGGGGUUUUGAUUUCGGGUCGGAUGAUAUUCUGUGUUCGUAUGAAGACUAUGUUGCUAAUCAAGACCCAUCUAAUGGAACCCAUUCUGAUCCUGUGAUCGCUCCCAAUUCUGCUAAGGAGUUCCACAAAAGCAGAAUGACGAGGUCAUCAAUGUUUCCUGCUCCAGCAUAUAGUCCACCAGAAGAAUCUUCCUUCAAUCAAGACAUGAUAUGUACUGUUGAGAAGACCAUGAAGAAAUAUGCCGACAAUCUCAUGCGUUUCCUAGAGGGAAUCAGCUCACGCUUGUCACAGUUGGAAUUAUACUGUUACAAUCUUGAUAAGUCUAUUGGAGAAAUGCGCUCUGAUUUAGUUCGGGAUCAUGGUGAGGCAGAUUUAAAACUGAAGGCUCUCGAGAAGCAUGUCCAAGAGGUCCACCGAUCUGUGCAGAUUCUAAGAGAUAAACAAGAACUUGCUGAAACUCAAAAGGAGCUGGCCAAGCUUCAGCUUGCACAGAAAGACUCAACUUCAUCCAGCAAUUCUCAGCAGAAUGAGGAGAAGAAUGCUCAACACCUGUCUGAUGCUAAAAAAAGUGAUAACUCACCUGAAGUGCAUGGACAGCAACUGGCUCUUGCAUUACCUCAUCAAGUGGCACCCCAGGCUUCUCUUACUAGCCGACCUGUGGAGCAGCCACAACAGCUACCAGUGCAGCCUCCGCAACCAAUUCCAUCCCAAAGUAUGCCCCAGUCGCAAGGAUAUUAUUUACCCCCUCCUCAGAUGGUAAAUCAACAAGCUCCAACUCAGUUGUCUCAAGGUCAGUAUUUGUCAUCUGACUCCCAGUAUCGAAAUCCUCAAAUGCAAGUACCACCACAGCCAGCGCCAGCUCAGGUGAAUCAGACACCACAAGUCAAGUCAAUGCCCCAAUAUCAGCAGCAGUGGGCCCAACAGGUGCCACAACAGGUUCAACAUUCACAAAUACCAAGUAUGCAACAGCAAGCUAGACCUACAUCACCUGCUGUUUAUCCCUCUUAUCCGCCCAGUCAGCCUAAUCCUACUCCUGAGACAGCGCCCAAUAGUAUGCCAAUGCAAGUGCCGUUUUCUGGAAUAUCUCAAUCAGUUGCUAGCCAUCCCGAUGCAAUGCCUUAUGGGUAUGAUAGGUCUGGCAGGCCCCUUCAGCAACAGCCUGCGGCGGCGCAUCUUAAGCCUUCAUUUGGUGCCGUGGGCGAUGGGUAUGCAGCUAGUGGAGCUCAUCCAACACUCUCUCCAGUAAAUGCAUAUCUGAUGUAUGAGGGUGAAGGCACAAGGGGCCAUCCACCACCACAACCAAAUUUCUCACAAAGUGGUUAUCCUCCCUCCAGCUUCCCUCCCCAAAAUCCGCAGUCAACCCCCAGUGCAAAUCUGAUGGUUUGUCCACCUCAGUUGGUGCGCAACCAUCCAUACAACGAGCUGAUUGAAAAGCUAGUGAGUAUGGGCUACCGCGCUGAUCAUGUUGUUAAUGUGAUCCAAAGGCUCGAGGAAAGUGGUCAGCCUGUUGAUUUCAAUGCUGUCCUGGAUAGGUUGAAUGGACAUUCAUCUGGUGGUUCUCAGAGAGGAUGGUGAGGUUAAGCGAUCAGGCCCAGUUUUUCUAUCUGUGUUUCAUGAAUGUUCUGAAAAACUAGAGAGUGGAAGUGCAUUGUGACUCGAAUACCAUCUAUUGCUGAAUAAGGAGUCGUGUUAGUAGUCUCAAUCUGGUAUAUAUGAGAUCUUUAGAUGCAUUGUAUAUUUGUCAUUGUCUUCCGAAGCUUUGUUAUUUUAACAUACAAACUUCUGAAGCUUUGUUAUUUUUCCUGCAAACUUCUGAACCUCUGCUAUAGUUGUAAGGGAACUGGUCUACACCUCUGUUUGAAAUUGAAAUGCUCUCUUUUUCUUAUCC